GCCUGAGACGCACGGGGGCGGUACUAGGGCCGCGCUGCUACACGAGUUGCCGAGCAGCCGGGGAAGCGCUCACUUCCGUGUCGGGCCCCGUGGCGUCCGGCGGCCUCGCCAAGGGCCGGGCGGGCCGCAGAGGGGUACUGUGACCACCAUUGUUUUGCAGUUUCUGAAAGUGUUUCAAGGCAAAACUUCAGGUGUUGGAGAGAACAAUGGAAGGUCACAAGGCAGAAGAAGAGGUGUUGGAUAUUCUUCGACUGAACGUGGGUGGCUGUAUUUACGCAGCCAGGCGGGAGUCCUUGUGCCGCUUUAAGGACUCAAUGCUGGCAUCCAUGUUCAGUGGUCGUUUUCCUCUAAAAAUAGAUGAAUCAGGGGCUUGUGUUAUUGACCGUGAUGGACAUCUAUUUAAAUACCUUUUGGAUUAUCUUCAUGGAGAAGUUCACAUUCCCACAGAGGAGCAAACCCUCAUUGCUCUGCAGGAAGAGGCUGAUUACUUUGGCAUCCCUUAUCCGUACAGCCUGUCUGACCACUUGGCCAAUGAAAUGGAGACAUAUUCUUUAAGGUCAAAUAUAGAACUUAAAAAGGCUUUAACAGACUUCUGUGAUUCGUAUGGUUUAGUUUGCAAUAAACCAACAGUUUGGGUUCUCCACUAUCUUAACACAUCUGGUGCAAGCUGUGAGAGUAGAAUUAUUGGUGUAUAUUCUACAAAAACUGAUGGAACAGAUGCAAUUGAUAAGCAGCUGGGAGGAAGAAUUCACAGUAAAAGCAUUUUUAAAAGGGAGGCAGGAAAUAAUGUUCAGUAUAUUUGGAGCUAUUAUUCCGUAGCAGAAUUGAAGAAAAUGAUGGAUGCCUUUGAUGCCUGGGAAGGAAAAGGUGUUAGCUACUGGCGGGUGCCUCAUGAGCUGAUAGAAUGUUGGACUCUGGAAGAGCGGCCUUUACAUGGAAGCCUGCGUCACAUGGCCCCAAUUCGAAAGAGGCGACUGAUAGCGCCCAAUGAAGAGGAAGAAGAAGGCGUGAACUGUAAGACUGGUCCUAAGCCAGUCCGAUUUUUGGGGCCUUCCACCAGCACCCAAAUUAAAGUCAAGAACUCGGCUUCCGUCAGGGUGCCUCCGGCCAGUGCCCCGCAGCCCUGGUCCCGGGCAUCCGUGAACCCGGCUGCAGGAGGAAGGGCAGCUCAGCGCUCUGCACCGUCGAAAGCCCCGUCCCCGGUGGGCACAGGGCUGCUCGGGCAUCCCCAGGCUGCCCACGGGACCGGGGGUGCUGAGAACGGGGCCACGCACCCACCUCCAGCUAAGGUUCUGCUCUCCGACAAAAAGGCCACCCCGCACCGAGUGAUAAAACUGAAGCGGACUCCCUUGUGUGCUGCGGGGCCUUCCCCGCCCGCCUGCCCCGCGGCCAGGCCGGCGGGGUCCCCAGAGCCGACCCCCGACGCCCCCAGCGCCCUGGGCGCGAGGACUGAGAACGGGCAGGGCCAGACCGAUUGAUGGAAACGGGGACUCAGGGUGUCCCGUUUGCCUCUCCGAGCUUACAGCCAGUUUAAUACAAAUAAGCGGCACUCUUUCCCGAUGCAGUCGGGAUGAAAGCUUGUUUCUUUCUAUUUAGGGUGAAUUGUGUGAAGUAGGAAUGGAGGAGGGAGACUGUAAGUGGUUGGGCCUAUAUUUACUUCUCAUUUUCCCAACGUUUAAAUUAUUUGUCUAGGGACGGUUUUUCAGGUUUUUUAAUGUGUGUGGGCUUUUUUUUUUUAAAUGUUUAAUUGGUAUUAAGGCAACAAAACAGUAGAGCAAAAUCAUCCCUAGCAAGUCCACUUUGUUGCUGAAAUAAUUAUAGAUUUUAGGCACUUAUUUAAUGUUACUCACAGCAGCCCAGGGGUAGGAGUGAGGUUUGGGCUUAGCUUUCAGUCUGGUGAAAUAGAGAGGGUGAUAUUAGUGCUUCCCUGUGCUAUGUCCCAGAUGGGGGGAGAUUUGAGAGAAAUGUAGAUCAAGGUGAACUCCCUGCAGGGCACGCUCAGUCUCAAAAGGUAGCAUGAAAAGAAAUGAUGGGGAGGGGAAAAAAAAGACAGUAAUUUGAGAUCACACUUUGACUCUCACUUAAUGGAACAAUUUUCUUUCCUAGAUUGGCUUUUCUUACUCUUUUCCGUUAACAGAUUUAUUUAUACCUUGCCAGAAGAUUUCUUGGAAUAAGAACUAUAUAACAUGUCAUGGAAUGAAUUGUUAAAAUAUUUUAUUUUUCAUUUGAGUAGUGAAGUUUUGAAAGUACUUUGAAGAGAAAUGUAUUAACUUUUUAACUAAAGUUAAUAUUUUUUUUCAGAAAUGACCAUUAAAGAGUUAUUCUGAUUAUACAAUAUGAUUUUUUAUGCAUAAAAUUUCCACAUAACUUGAAUUUAAUAUUUUAAAACAGAGUAUUUUGAUUAAUCUAUUUUUUCACAACUAUUCAGUUGUAUGUGUUUACACGUACAUGUUAUGUUUUAUAAUUGGAUCACAUAUUUCUGUCUUCAGUGAGCAGUAUGCCGUCAGUGUGUUAAAAAUAAGUUCAUAAAGCAGGGUACUUUUUACUCAGUGCUUAUCAUUGUACUUGUACUGGUUUAAAAGAGUAAAGUAAAUAUACUCAAAACAUUACUUUUUACAAAAUAAAAAAAACCUUUCCGUAAAAAGUGA